AUCAUCUGUUUGAUAUAAACAUAACAUCCAAGUUGAUGGAAAACUAGUUAGCAGUGGGGAAAUACACAACAGACACGAAUAUAUAACAGUGAGCAAAGAAAAAAGGUGUAACCCUUUCGGGGAAUAAUACAACCAUGCUUAGAGAUCUAAUAACAUGGGUGUUAAACACUUAUCUCGGAAAAUAUUUAGAAAAUUUAAACUCGGCGCAGUUAUCUGUUGCCCUGUUAUCGGGAGAAGUUGAACUCGAAAAUAUCCCAAUACGAAAGGAUGCCCUUAGAUCAUUUAAUUUGCCGGUAGAAGUGUCAUCGGGUAGCAUUCGUAAAAUCAAGCUGCACAUACCUGUUCGGCAAUUCAGAACAUCACCGUGGUGCAUUUCCAUUGAGGGAUUAUACUGUGUUGUUUGUCCCAAGGAUCUUGCCAAGUGGGACUAUGCCAAAGAGAAGCUUCAGGAUUUAGAAUAUAAGUUAUCUGUCUUGGACAAUGAUGAAGCCAAUUGGCGGUCCGAAAAGGGCAAAGAUAUGGAAUCAUAUUAUUUUUCCUCCUAUAAUGGCUGGCUAAAGUUCGGAACGAACAUGGCCACAAACAUAAUUGACAAUAUUGAACUCAAAAUAUUUGAUGUUCACUUUCGAUACGAAGAUAUUGCUGAUAUGGGCAAUAGCAAAGUUGCUACAGGCAUCAAAAUUGGCUCCCUAACAGCACAGAGUUGUGACCAAAACUGGACCACGGGAUCACAAAAGGUACCCAACAAUAAUGAAAUGCACUACAAAUUGAUUGAACUUAAGGAAUUAUCUGUGUACUGGGAUUGGCUGCAUGACGACAUCAAAUGCCAAUCCUUUUCUAACAUGGAGCUACUAAAUAAUAUGAAAACGACUUGCGAACAACGCCCUCAUAACUACCUUAUCAAGCCAAUUUGUGCGACAGCACGGUGGAAGCGGGACAAGAGUCAACAGGUUAUUCGAUCGAAAGAUAAGUCUCGAGUGUCGUGUGAACUGAUGGUUCCAGAAGUUAUAAUCGAUGUCUCAAAGGAUCAACAUGGAGAGAUACUGGAUAAACUUACAGGAAUUCGUCAAAUGAAGGAAUUAAGACAAUUUCGUUUGAAACGGCCACAAUCCAGUAUAUUGAACCAUCCGAGAAUGUGGUGGAAAUACAUUCUUGAUUGUCAUGGAUUCAAUUUUAAAACGAGUGAUGAGAAAUUUGUGAUACUAAACGAGAAUCUCCGUUACAUGAGACUAUGUCAAGCUGUCAUCCUAAAUCCAAAUGAGAAUUUGUCCAACGAGGAUAAGGAUUUUAAAGCCUAUUUCGAAAGCGAUAGAGACAUAUCAGAUUUAACUAUCCUGCGAAGGAUAUGUCUGGAGAAAGUCUUCACAAUGGGGCUAUCAUUCAAAUCACAGAAUGUGAGUGGAAAACAUAUGCUAUUCCAUUGGUUUCCCAAUUGGAUGGGCUGGUAUAGUACCAAUUCAACUGCAGUCAACUUGGAGCAAGAUGAAUCGAUCAAGAACUUGGAAAAUGACAUUUUAGUUGCACUCGAGGACUCGCUGCAAAGUUCAUCUGAAUUAAAGUGUGAUGCCAUUUUUGGAUAUUUUAAAAUCAAUUUGCUUAAAGGCGUGCUUAUUCUACACUCAGAAGAUUUCAAUAAUGUUGACAACAAUAAACAAUCAAUUGAAAUGCAAUUUAAUAAUUUGUCGGCGUUUCUGCAAAUAAGUCCGGUAAUUACAUCAUAUUCCUUUGGCGUAUCAUUGGGAGAGGUAUAUCUGCUGGAUAAAACAAAUAUGGAAACAAAGCAUCCGUAUUUAAUAAAGCCGCAAACGGAGAGUUUAUCAUUGCUAAACCAAAGUGCAAAUACACUGGAGACAAAUGCAUUUUUUCAACUUCGUUAUGAAAAUGAGAAUCAGCUACAAUAUCGUCUAAAUAUUAAAUCAAAAAGUUUGGAUCUUACAUAUAAUAAAGAUGCUAUCGAAUGGCUUCUACGAUUUCUUACGAAUGCAAAUAAAAAUGAAAAUUCCCUAACAAAUGGACAUGUAAAUAAACGAACACCAAAUAUAAUAAAGAACUGGAAUCAGCUAUUCGUUGGAACCGAGGUAAAUCGCAAGAUUUGGACAUUUGAAAUAGAAAUUUUCGCACCACGCAUAAUAUUCUUGGAGAAUUACAAAAUGAGCAAUUCUCUGAUGGUUCUAAUGGAUUUUGGAAAAUUCGAUAUGAGAAAAGUUGGUUUCAAAAAGAAUGUCGCAACAAUUAAUUCGACAAUACAAGAUCAGGAUCCAGCAACAGCAACUGAACCAAUAUCUGAUAAUCUAAGUGAUGACGAUGAAGCCUAUAUGACACCAUGUUCUACUCCUCCAGCUUCAGAGAAAAGUGGCUCCGAUUCUCCAACUUAUCAUGAAAAUUCAAUAAUGGAAAAUUCUGUAAAUAAGAGCGCACAGCUCGCAUGCGUUUUGCAUAGUAAAAUUUAUGAUAAAUAUUUAAUAAAUUUUACAAAUUUGCAAGUUCUUGUUUGCAAAUAUGACGAAAGUUGGCAAGCCUGCUUGAAAACCUCAUCAAGUUUCCAUUUGAUUGAUAAAUUCAAUAUCACUUUGACGCUCGAACAGCGAAAUAUAUUUACAUCGGAUCCAGAGUAUCCAUCUUUAAUGUUAUUUGGCUCAUGCCCCACAAUUCUGAUACACGGCAAUGAGGAGAAUAUUAAUAAUUUCUUCAACAUUAUGCAUCCUAUAACGAAUGAUCAAUAUUUUAAUAAAAUGAACACUUCUGGUGUCUAUUCACUUAAUGCAAGUGAACGCCUUCAAAACUAUGAAACGGAGACUGGAACGAGUCGAAUAGUAACAGAAUUUGCAAUUGGCCAAUUAAUAAUCGAACUGCAAUCGAUGGAAAGAAGUAUUGCUGAAUUGCAAAUCAUUGGAGUGAGAGCGGGCUUAAUAAAAGAAUCGAAUGUCACAAACAUCACCAUGGCAGUUCAUGGAUUACUUCUGGUGGAUGCAAUACAAUCAUUUGGUCCCGAUUUUGAGUUACUUGCCGCCAGUCAUCGACAAGUUGGAAUGGAUAGCUUUUCGGGUAGCCUUAAACACAGCACAAUUUGCUCACCUGUUACACCUGGAUCACCAGAGCCAUUAGAAUGUCAGAGGCCAAGUAGUCCUCAAACCCUUAAAAAGGCAAUUCAAAAUAUACAACAAGACUCUAAACCCGCAGAAAACUGCGCCGAGUCGGAACUAAAUGCGCUGAUAUCAGUUGAUAUUAAAAUUGUUGCACCAGAUGCGCGUAGAUCAGCUUAUCUCAACACUAUUAAAAUUGCCUUCAAUAGCUUGGAUAUUAUUGCUAAUCAGGAUACGAUUAUUGAGAUUUUGAACUUUGCGAAAAGAACCAUUUUGAAUCAAAAGAUAUUUCAGGCUGGUGAUGGUAACAAAAAGCGUAAGGAAUCCUCAAAUUAUGAACUAAAGGAAUUCGAAAAUUCUACGAGCGGAAACCAAAACGAAAUAUGUUUUGAUUUUUUUCGAUUAAAUGUUCUACUAUUGUAUACGAUAAAAAGGGAUCACUAUAAUAUUGCACGAAAAGUUGGCACUUUGACACUAACUGAAGCUAAAAUAAAUGCUUCACUUAAAUCGGAUCCUUCAGUAAUUGGAUCGUUGGGUGGCAUACAAGUUAUCGAUAUAACACCAGAAGCUAUAUGCCAUCAAAGGAUUCUAUCUGUUGGACGUGAUCAAACAAUACGUAUACCAAAAGAGAACAGGGAAACAGUCCUAAGCAAUUUGUCAAAUGAGAUCUAUUUAAAGCAAUUGGAUGACGACUAUAAUGGAGAAAUAGAUGCCUUAAGUUUUAAGAGUCAAUGGAACGAUAAAACGGCUUGCAAUGUUGUUGUUCGAGUAGCAUCGGUUUCUUAUACCCAUUGUCCUAGGUUUCUACAAGAUGUUACUGCCUGCAUUACAUACUUCAAACAGAGUUUCGGAGAGUUCGUUACAUCUCUUGGAAACAAGGCAAGUGAUAUAGCCAAAGAAUUUGUUCAGCAAAUAAAAGACCAAACCGGACCAUCUCAGCAGCAACCAAAUCGCCGUGUAAAUACAUUGACUUCUUUAGAUAUCAUAAUAAACAGUCCAGUUAUCAUUUUGCCAACCUCAAGUGGAAGUAGUGAAGUCCUUGUUGCAAAUUUGGGAAAAAUAAGUUGCUCUAAUUAUUAUGUGCAUGAUGACUUAAUGCAUAGCUCCAAUGAUUUUGAUCAAACCUAUGCAAUUGAGAUUAAAAAUAUUAAUUUAUUUUCGCUAAAUAUCGACGAGACCAGCGGCAAUGACUUGCUUAUGCAUACAGCAAAAGGAUAUAACUUUAACAAAAGAGAUGCCAAUCCAAUUCUACACGACACGGCGGUUAAUUUGAAUGUAUGCACCGCAUAUGAUCGCAAAAAUGUCGAUGAGAACAAGUUGCAAAAGAUUUUUGUUAUUGGAAGUAUGGUUGAAACACUAAAGGUUUCUCUUUAUCGAAAACAAUAUGAACAACUUAUCGAGUCAAUUCGAAAUGCUACGAAUUUUUCAACUGAAUUAUCAGAAGACAUUAAAGAGCCCGAACAAAACAGAAGCAGUAAACCAAAUGAGAUAAUUGUUGAUAAGGAGGUCAUUAGCACUACAACUCAAUUCUCAGUGCCUGUAUUUGAAAUACAUUUGCAAAAUGAACAUCAUGACGAUUUGAUAAAUGUCACAUUUAAGGACUUUAAUGUGAAACACGAUGUCGAAGGCAGCGAGAAAAAUGUUGAAAUAACUUUAAAAUCAGUGCUAAUGGAGGAUUUAAAAUCAGACAUGACAUCUCCGUUCAGAAAUAUGGUUACUUCAGUGAAUCUCGAGAAGGGUCUGCAGAAGAAGCAACAUACCUCAUUGUCCUGCCCGGAUUUGCCGCGCUUUUGUCGUAAUGGUAAAACUCCAUCGUCUUCGGUGCCUUCAAAUAUUUAUGAUUAUGUUAAACUGAAAAACUUUGAUGGAGAACUCAAGUCGGUCUUCUGCAAAAAGAAUCAAUUGAGCAAUACAAAAGAUAAUCAAAAUUUGGUUAUCUACAAAUCACAUUCGGGUCGUUCAACCAAAAAGAAUGCACAAUAUAAGUUUGAACAAAAUAGUUCAAUACAUUUUAAUUGUCUCAACCUGGCCAUGUGUGUGGACAGAUGGUAUACAGUCUUUGAUUUCUUUGGUCUUACAUCGGAGAGUGAUGGUAACAACCAAUUGGCGGUGGAGAAAGAACCCAUACCGAAAAGUGUAAUUGAUUUUUACAGUAAACUGAAGGUAUCGAUAAAAUCUUUAAACUUUACGCUAAUACGAAAUGAGUCUCUGCUGUCUAGGCUUAAUGUUUCGAAUGCAUUGUUUGUGAUAACACAAGAAGAUGGUUGUAAAACGACUGAAGGUUGCUUGGGUUCACUUGCGGUCUAUGAUCUAACAAAGUUUGGACAAAUUUAUAAACAAAAGUUUCAAACAAGUGGACCAGAGGCGUUGAAUUUCGUUUAUAAAAAAAAACUUUCCAAUUUAGAAACAUUAAACGUUUUGGAGAGCGAUUCAACGUUACGCAUUAAUAUGGCAUCAGUUCACUAUAUACAUACGAAACGUUUUGUAAUUGAACUACAAAUGUUUGUUAAAGAGUUGCUGCAAUUGCAAACGCCCGUUAUGCGAAAGCUAAAGAAACAAAAUCCUCAUAGCAGUCCUUACUCACAACCAUCGAAAAUCAAACUAUUUAUUCAAGCAGACUCUCCAGUUAUUGUCUUACCAGCAAGUUAUAACAAGGAUGAAGUAUUAAUUGCUAAUUUGGGUCAACUAAAUUUGGUCAAUAACUUUCAUUUUGCAAGUGAUGAGUGUAUAAUAAGUAAGAAGCUCAAGUGUCCAGACGAUAUGGAAAUUUUGGAUGUAAUGCAAAUCGAUUUGGUCAAUAUUAAUCUAUACUCUGGCAAACGAAUCACAACGACGACUGUCCAGAAUGAUAAGACCAAUGAGAAGGACUGGAUUAUUGCAAACAUACAUUUUCAUAAGCAGGGACGUCAAUUGUUUAAGGAAUCUUUCCACCUCAACCUUCAGGUCGAACGUAAUCUCAAUCCGGACUUGAAUCGUGUGUGCCCCGAUAUCAGUAUUAAGGGAACUGUGUCCAAAUUGAAUGGUGUAAUUGAUAUUCAACAGUAUAAACUAGUUCGCACACUUCUUGACAAUAAUAUAGGCGAACGCGUAGAUGAUAUAUAUGUGAAUUAUUCAACAUCCAUUGAGAAACUUUCGACCAUAAAUUUGCUAACCCACAAUGCUGGCCAUCAGACCAUUUUGAAUUUGCUCUCCAUACGGAUACUUUUGGAAGAUGUUUCCCUAUUGUUGGCCUUGAAUACAACACCAAAUGUCGAUCUAGAGCCUUUGGCAUGUAUACACUUUAUAAAAUCCUCACUGGAAAUAGAUAUAUUCAGUGAUGGAUCACAGGACAUUGAUCUCAUAUCGAGUAACAUAAUGAUUGUUGAUGAAAGAAACACCACUGAUGGAUCGAAUGUCUUUCGAAAUAUACUGCAGGCCUCAAAAAAGGAUACACUACCAACGAAUUCAGUGCAAGUGGAAGUGCAUUGCCGGAAAACGCAAAAAUUGUGUAAAUAUACGAUAAUGCUCAACAAUAUGAGAGUGUUUGCUCUCUUAAAUUUCCUGGAACAAUUGAAAAACUAUUUGCAAGGCGACCAAUGGAGCAGCAAUUAUCCAGUCAGCAAUACACCAAUCCAAGUGCCUCAUAAAUCUUCAUCACAGAUAACUAGUGAUAGUCCACUCACAGAGUUUGUUAUCAAUAUAACAGAUUCGGAAAUAAUAUUCGCCGAGCAAUGCAGUCGUAUCGAUUCGAAUGCCAUUAUAUUGAAAAGCACAACGGUCAUUUCAUAUAAGCCGGAGAGUAAUUCCGUACCCUUAUCCAUAGAUAUCAAUCAUUUGGAAAUUUUCUCGUGCACACUCGAUGCCGAGGAUGAAAGCGCCCUUUCCAUAAUCGAUCCAUUCACGCUGAAUAUAGAGCUGCGAAACAAUUGCCUGACAAUACUCAUCCAAAAGCCAUUGAACAUACGUUUAUCGUAUGUGGAUGUUAAAUUGUUUUUAAGAAUGGCCAAGCUAUUUCCAAAUCAGACAACGCAAUCGCCUAACGUCUUAUCGAAAACCAAUUCAGAUCUUGAGAAAAUAGCUCCACUUCUUGCCAUGGGUUUUGAAAUAUCAGAUUGCUGGAAUGCCAUGAAACUGAACAAUUGGAAAAUAAAUGAUGCUGCCCUUUGGCUGUCUCAGCAGAAGCUUGAAACUAAACGAAAUCCGGCAUUGGAUUUGGCGACUGCCGUUGUAGAUGCCAAUUGUAUAUCAGUCUUUAUUAUUGAUGACUGCAUGGAUGCUGAUGUCCCGUUGCUUGAAAUAUCGCUAUCAAAGGUAUUGGUUAAUUAUAAAUUUAAGACAAGGGAAAGAAAAACGGAAGACUAUGAGACGAGCUUUUUCACGGGCGGCAAUAUUGACACCGAAGUGACUGUCAAUUAUUACAAUCGUCGUCUAAGUGGAUGGGAGCCUGUUGUCGAAGUUUGGGAGUGCUCAGUGAAAUGGAAAUUGAUUAAAACUCAGAUUGAUUACAAGAAGAGAUUCGAGAUUUGUGUAAAUAGUAAACAAUUGCUGAAACUGAAUGUAACAUCAACAUUCAUCGAACUGUUUAAUAUGGUUUUGAAGAACUGGACAAUUGAUUUCAAUGAAUGCUCUCUUGAUAAUAAUACAAAGAAUGUCCGAACUCGUACACCGUUUAUUCCCUUUGCUCUACAAAAUCUAACUGGUACACCGCUUCUGUUUAAGCCGAUCUACGCUCAAGUUGAGGAUGUGACGUGUGCGGACUUUCAUCAAAUGGAAUUCAUAAAGAAUUGGUUAUCCGUUCAGCCGAAUGAGACAAAAAUAUUUGAUUUUGUGCAGAAAACCAAAUUACGACACAUUGAUUCACAUCAAUUGAAUUUGCAUCAAAUUCUAGUUCAAAUCCAUGGAUGGACCUUGAUUGGCCCAAUAUCGGUGGAUAAAGUGGGCGUAUUCUUUCGGACUGUCAACUUGGAUCCUUUGUAUACAAAGAAAACCAGAAUAGUAUUUGAUAUAUCGCUAAUUGGAUCGGCGCAAAAGUUAAUCAAGGUGAAAUCAUCAUUGAGCAUAAUCAAUAAAUUGGAUCGAGAGAUAUUUUUAAAGAUGAUAUUGAAUAAGGACCAAUGUGACGGCCUGACCUCCAUCAGUGCAAUCGGAAGUAAUGAUGAGCUAUGUCUUCCUUUGAAGUUCAUUGAUGCAUCACUGUAUAUAGCACACAAUACGGGUGAUAGUAAACGUAAAGUGUUUGCAAGUAAUUACGAGGAGAUCGGUUUUAGCAACAAUGAGAUAAAUUGGAAAACAUGUGAUAAAGAGAAUAUGCAAAAGCUGCAGACUUGCUACGAUGAUAAUAAGAGCACAUUGUACACAUUGAUAAACAUAAACAAGGAAUUGUAUCCCUCCAAAGAGAAUUUACCGGGACACACCAUAACACUCUUACCCCCAUUAAAAUUAAAUAAUAUGCUUUGUUGUGAUAUCGUUUUUAAAAUACAUGAAUUUGCCGCAGGCAGAAUUAAUGCAUCUGAGAGUACCAAUCUCUAUAAUGUCAAUGUAUGUGAGCCGUUUAAUUUAAACAUCACAUUGGAUAAUUUUCAUUUGUCCGGACAAUUGAAGAUUCCCAUGAGCCACAGUGGCAUUGUUGAGCCAAAGUUGAAAUUGAUCGAUACCCAGAAUAGAGAACUCCAUUUGCGCAUAUCCAUUCAGUCGUUUCAAGGCAAAGGAAUGGAAAUUUAUAUAAGUGCCCCAGUUUGGAUCAUAAAUAAAGCUGGCCUGCCGCUCAUUUUCAAACAAGAAGGCACCAACAACAAUGCGGCUGGACAAUUUGAGGAACACGAAACAGCACGACAAGUGGCCCCAUUAAUGUUCUCCUUUUCCGAUCAGGAAGGUUCUCCAGCACUGGAAGUACGCCUGGGCAAAGUUUUUGGUGCCAAUAAUACGUGGUGCAAAAGUUUUAUAAUGCAUAAGACCAUUACGCACAGGGAGCUACGUGCGGAGAAUACAAAAGGAUGCUAUGCCAUAGGCAUAACAGUUCGCAGGGGAAGAGGUUUAUAUGCAUGUACAACCUUUGUGAUAUUAUCUCCCCGCUUUCAACUGUAUAACAAGAGCGGAUAUAAGCUUGAGUUUAUACAACAUUGUGAUAUUAAUGCUCAUGAUUACCCAAGUAUUCGACAUACAAUAUCGGCCCCAAUUGAUUGCAAUUUUGCAUUCCAUUGGCCAAAUUGUGAUAAAGAUCCAGUGAUUUGUGUACGCAUCCCAGAUGUGGACUGUUGUUGCUGGUCCAAGGGCAUACCCAUUAAUUCUGCUCAAAGUUUGUACAUAAAUAUACGAAAUGAAUGGGGCGAAAUGUUCUUUCUACGCUUGGAAGUGAUUUCAAAGGACGCCACGUAUAUACUUUUAUUUACGGAUGCAAGAUGCUUACCACCACCGAUUCGGAUUGAUAAUUGUGCCGAAGUGGCUAUUAAUUUUUCACAAUUGCGCUCGAAGCCAGUGUGGGCGACACCAGUUCGUGCCCAGUCAUCGCUAUCAUAUGUCUUGGAUGAUCCAUUCGGCAGUCAAACGUUGCUUCUUGAAGCACCGGGGGGAAAUAUGAUUGAGUUUCCCAUAAAUAAACCAAAUAUAACAAAAUCAUUGACCUAUUCGAAUUUCAUCUAUAUCGCAUUUCAAGACACCUUCGAUCGUUACGGUGUCAGCGAUAAGAAACCAGAUCACAAACAUAGGCAAUUGGUUUUGGGUGUUCGUAAUCGCAAAGUCGUUAUAGUCGAAAGAAACUCUGGAGAUCGAUCGCAAUUGUGGCUUAUGAACUCCAAUGGACAGUUGGAACAUGAAGGAUCUACACCGCCCAUCCAAUCGAACGAGAGUAAUGCAGUACGUUUUGUCCUGGACUUGGAGAAGCCACCAAAUCCAACAGAAUACACCACUUUAGUGAUACGAACACCAAAUAAGCAAAGAGCAACCACUCAACAAUGGCGAUUUGAAAAUGGUCGCCUAAUGUGUCAUGCAAAUAUGUGUGUUCAGUUUUACGGAAAACGAGGAAUGUCUGCAGAUUGUGAAGCUGUUCUGGGACGCAUCGAAUAUGAUCCUAGUUGUAAUGAAUCAAUACCGAGUCAUCAGCAUAUUGUGGCACAAAAGUUACGUCCUGGUUCUGGCCAGUUGGAGAUUUCAACCAAAAUGGAUGGACCCAUUUGCACUGUGGAGGUGUGUGACAUUAAAAUGAAGCAGAAUUCAAUACAUUUGGCACCCGAUUUGGUCUGGACUCAUGCAUCCAUAAAUAAUCGACAAAUUGCGGAAGAGGGAAAAAUAACACAUUUACAUGAAUAUCAGAUAUUUGUUGAACUUUUAAAAGGUAUUGGAAUUUCAAUAAUUGCUCGCAAACCAUGUGAGGAAAUUAUGUUUAUAAGCCUAGAUCGCAUAUCUUGUGAUAUUAUACAAAAUUCUUUGGAGAAGUCAUUGAACUUAAAUAUAUCGUAUAUACAGAUCGAUAAUCAGCUAUUAGAUGCUGUUAACCAAGUUGCUUUGCACACUUGUAAGCCAAGUGAAGACGAUGCACAAAAAAAUGCAGUCGUUCUUAAAUUGAAAAUGCUACCAAGCCCUAAUAAUUGCGCAAUAAUAUUUAAGUACUUUACAUUGGAUUUAAAACCGUACAUUGCGUGUCUAGAAGAAAAGCUAAUACUAAAAGUUGCUUCAUUUCUUGGCUAUGGCAAACUAAGUGGCCGAAGUUCUGGACUACCUUAUGAUUUUGGCAAUAUUGAUGAAAGGCAUGUUUUGAAAGAUAUGAAGCGAUAUUACUUUGAAAAUAUUAGCAUUGGUUCAACGCAGGUGCGUUUGUCGGCCUUUACUUCAUCCAAGCUUCCCCCAGAAUUGUUGGAGACCAAAAAAUCGUUGGGUCUAAUUUUAAUCAAAUUUGAAGAUGCCCUAAUCGAGCUCGACAGUUUUACGGACAAGUAUCAUUUCGAGACCAUGGAUGUUUACUUGAAGGCAAUGAAAACGCAUUAUGUAAACCAGGUUAAAUGGCAUGCAGCUUCCAUUUUGGGUAGUGUGGAUUUCCUUGGGAACCCACUGGGAUUUGCCAAUGAUCUAUCUGAAGGUGUAUCUGGUUUAAUAUUUGAAGGCUCAGUCAAAAGUCUUGUGAAAAAUGUUGCCCAUGGCAUAUCGAACUCAACGGCAAAGCUUACGGAAACUUUAUCAGAUAGCCUGGGCAAAGUGGUUCUGGAUGAGCAUGACAAUGAAGCGAGACAACGAAUUUUGGAGAUUCAGACAAAUUCAUCUAGUAGCCACCUGGCAGCAGGACUGAAAGGUUUUGGCUUUGGAUUACUUGGCGGAGUUACCAGUAUUGUACGGCACACCUACGAUGGUGCUCAAUCUGAAGGUGUUCCGGGAUUCCUUAGUGGACUUGGAAAAGGAAUUGUUGGCACUGUGACAAAACCAAUUAUCGGGAUGUUGGAUUUGGCGUCAGAGACAGCCAGUGCUGUACGCGAAACCAGUCGGGAUGCACAUAGAAAUUCACCAGGUAGAAAAAGAUUACCCAGAUGUGUAACUGGAGCGCCCGGCGGACUUUUACCCUUGUAUUCCAGUCGUCAAAGUAAAGGACAACAAUACUUGUAUCAUAUAAAUCGUAAACACUUUACCGAAAAGAUAAUAUCAUACGAGCCCAAUCUCUGGAGUGAUCGAGAAGCCCGGUUACGUCUAUUGGUUUCAACCGAGUAUAUACGAAUCUUCUCAUUAUGCGACAACGCCCCCACCAUUAUGUUUGAAUGUCAUUUAGGUGAAAUUCUCUCAUGUCAUCCACUAGUAACGAAUUCGGGAACCACGCCCUCCACAAGUAAAGUAUCCACCAGCUACUAUAUAGAAAUAUCAACAAAUCUUCCGAAAGUCACAAGACCGCGGAUAAGAUGUCGAACUGAGGAAUGUGCUGAAGCUGCAUCUAGAUGUAUAAACUACGCUAAAAGUGUAUUCGAUGAACGUGAACACACUGUUUUGUAAUAUACCAAAAAUUAUAAUAAAUAUAUACAUGUAUAUUUUUGUAA